UCAGAAAAAUGUCAUCAACAUCAUGAUCUAAAUGAAAAUGAAAUGAAAUAGGAAAUUUGAUGGAAAUGAAACAGCGAUCAAAAUCUUAUUUCCAGCAAUUGAAUAUAGUACCAAUGAAAUAUUUAAUAAUACUUUAUAAAAAACAUUUCCUAUAAAUCGUUUAGAAGACACGAAGAUGUCAUGGAGGACAACCCCGCUGCUAGUAAAAAAACACCAUCAUGGCAAAAUUGUAUCCACUGUCCAAGUCUGUUAUUCUCCACAGCAACAGAAUUUGAAAGGCACAUCCAGGAUAAGCACAGUAUUAAAGAAGGAUCCAUAAUCUUAUGUCAAUAUGGGCAGAAUGGCAUAUGUUCUGCUUUACAAUUUGGGGACUUGAGAAAAGCAGGGUUCAAGUAUCACGUAAGAGAGUACCACUUGUACGCCAAGGAUGUUUCUGAAGACUGGACAUUUUAUUCCUCAUCACAGAAUCUACCAGCAGUAUUAAACGAUCCAAACAGAGGCAAGCAAAGCAAUUUUUUUACUAAAACAUGGGGUGAUAACUUUGUAGAAAAGGUUGAAAUAUACCCCAGCCCGUAUUUACCAGAUAUCACUUUAAAUCAUUUUGAAUCUUACUGUAAAAAAAUUGCUAAAAGGUACAGAAGGCACUGUAGAUUCAAAGAAAACGUGCCUGCAAAAACGAAGACACCAGUUGUAGAAAAUGACUGUGAGAUACCAGAGAUAUUUUAUGAACCAGCCUUAGCCCUCAAUGACCCUAAAGUAUUUAGCCAGGUUUUCCCUAACCUGUGUAAUUACCUCAACUCUAGUGCCGCUAUUAGAUCUCUGCAAGAAACUUUAAGUACAUACCUUGAUGUAAUUGAAAUGAAGAUAUCUAAGCAAGUAGCGCAAAAAUCAGACGCAUUUUUUCAUGCCAUGCUAUCCCACGAUACUAUCAUGGAGCAAAUGGCGAAAGCUGUCAAAGCCGUACAGCACACUCGCCAAAAUAUAACUCAGGUUAAAGAAAAUUUAACCGUCACUCCCUUGAAGUUAGUUAGUUUGUCAAGAAUCAAAAGAAACCUUGGUAAUGUCCAAGAACUUAUGAAACUGAUGACCACUGUCCAGCAAACUCAGCCUAUGAUUCAACUCCUCCUCAGCACUUCAGAUUAUGUGGCCGCUCUUGACUUAAUUAGCUCCACACAAAAAGUCCUUUCAACUCGCUUAUCUGGCAUACAAGCCUUUAGGCAUUUGUCUCCGCAAUUAACUGAAAUGAAAAGGUUAAUUCACAAAAUGCUUAGUAAUGAAUUUCAACGGUUCCUAGUAACAGAUCUAAAUAGACCGCCACAAGACCUAUCAGAGAUAUCAGAAAGGGACAAGGUUGUGUCUAUAGUGUCAGGCAUUCUCAGAUUGAAGGAAUUCGAUUUCUUAGAUACCUUCAAAGUGGAAGCCAUGACUUCUAUUCAAGCUACUAUCAAGCAAAGUGUUAUAGAAAUUAUAGCAGAGAGAGAUGGCAAUACUGAAAUUGUAUUAAGAGGAUCAAAUGCUGACAAUACAUGGCUCCUAUGUAAUGAAGGAAUAAUAUUUUUAGAAAAAGUAGCACCAAAUCUUAUCACUUUAUUUCGAAGACUGCUGUCAUUGAAUAAUUUAAUUCUUGAAAUAAGCCAAUUGGAAGAUGUGACUGGUAACGAGGGGGACGAAAUGUGGACGCCCGAAGAGAUAAUGAAUGUGGAAGAUAAAUUGAAAAAGAUAAUCAUUUCACUUUCCGAUUACUGCAACGAGCGCUGCGCGAAUCUUAUAGUAACAAGAACUGACAAAGAUUAUGUAUUCUCAGAUUUAAAUCAAUUGUCUACACUUUCAAAUUUAAUUGAACAUUUUUCCAAUGAGUGUGAAAAGAUAACGGGCCAUUACAGCAACGCUAUGAAACUUGCAUUGAGAAGUUUCGCAAUGAAAUAUAUACAGAACCUACAUGCAGAAAAGAGGUCCCAACUCACCACUAGUCUUAACUUAGAGAGGUGGAAAACUGCUGAUGUGCCACAGGACUUACAAAGUAUUGUCGACAAGAUAUGCGAACAUGGGGAGAUACCUUCUAGUCUACAGUGUGAUAGUAGGAAAUCUGAGGGCAAAUAUUUAGUUAUCAAUAAAGAAAAUUUCUCAGUGGUGGCUACUGUUCAACUCCUCAUCAGAAUUCUGCUGGAGUAUUGUGACGCGACGAGACAGUCGCCAGUUAUAGUGCAGUACUUAGUUCAUUGUAUGUUGGAACUCAUCAGAUUGUUCAAUUCUCGCUGUUGCCAAUUGGUGCUCGGCGCGGGCGCAAUACAAAGUGCGGGCUUGAAGACAAUAUCUACUUCCAACCUCGCCCUAGUCUCUAGGUCUUUGCAAGUCAUCCUUUGGCUACUACCACUAAUAAAACAGCUAUUGGAGAAACUGCACGCCCAGGAACUAUCAUUAAAUGGCUUUAGUAACAUUGAAAGUGAUAUAGUUAGUCAUAAGCAAGAGAUAGAGAAUAAGAUUUGCCUAAUAGUCAGUAACAUGUUAAUAUCCCAGCUAACUGGCUGGGACGCUAAGCCUCCAGUCCCGUCUCAGACAUUCCGGAAUAUUUCCAAACAUUUAGUUAAAUUACAUGAAGCGUUAAUUGAUAUUUUACCAAUUGAACAAAUAAGGACCAUAUAUAAAAGAGUGCAUGAUAAUUUUAAGGAUAAAUUGAGAGAGCAGUUGGCGAAAAUGAAUAUUGUAGCUAAUGGCAGCCCUCAACAUGGCGUGGUUACUUCGGAAUUAACAUUUUACUUGCAAACACUUAAAACUCUUAGAGUAAUCAACGAGAAUGAUACCGAAGAUAAUAUUCUGUAUGAUAUUUGGUUAAAUUAAUUGUACCGUUUAGUACUGAUUGUGAAGAAGAUAUUAUACCUAUGUAUUUUAAUAGUAUAUAAAUAAAAACUCAAUAUGUAAAUAAAUAACAUUCUAAAUGUGUUUAAAAUUCUGUUGGUUCUGGCUAGGACUUGAAAUUAUGAUAUUUUCAAAUAUGACUAUGUCAGUUUAUACCAGUACCAAAAAUAUUAGACAACUGACAAUUCCAAUGUAGGAUAGAUCUGCGCUUUAAAUUUCAAGCCCUGGUAGAACAAGGUAUAUUUGUAUAUUGCUGAAUUAUUGUAUCCAUAUUUUGUAAUUAUUGAUGAUUGGGAAAGAAUAUUUAUUAAAUAUCUCAGGACCUUAAAAAUGUUUGCCUUUCAUGUUCCUUUUCGCUAGAUGUAUGCUAUAUAAAUAUUUCAAAAUACACAAAUAAGUGGGAAUUCAAUCAUACAUUAUAAUGUGACAAGGGAUCAAUAUUAUUGACUAUAAUAGCGUUAUUAUCAUGUUUUUAAGCACUUGACGAACGUAUUUUUCUGCAUUUUUCUGGUAUUUGUUGGUAUUUUCAGGAUCUUAUGGUGAAAGCGGCCAGAACUAUGUGUAAAAGCGUUUAAUUUAUAAAAUUGGUGCAGGUUUUACUUGCUUACUUUUAUUCAAGUAGGUAUUAAUACCAUUGAAUAAAAGUAGACGAAGUAUACCUAUGUAAUAUUAUAGACUAGCUUAUACCCGCGAUUUCGGCGUAAAAGUUCGCUGAAAAGUUGACUUCCUGAAUUGUCCCAUAAAGGGGUGGUUGAUUUUUGUAUACCAGUUUUUAAGUUGGACCAAGUCUAAUACAUCUAAGAAAACCGCAUUCAAACUGGAGCUAUACCUAGUGUUCGCGUAAUGCGAGUACAAACAUACAGACAGACAGACCGAUAGAGACAAAAAUUCUAAAAUCAUAUUUAUUCUUAUGUAGAUCUCCCAUAUAUAUAUACAUAUAUCGAUUUUUCCUCAUAUCUUUCAAGUACAGGCAUCGGUCAGUUACUAUGUAUGGAAAUGGGUGUAUGGAGUACUUACAGAGACUUGCAUUUAAAUAGAAGCUGUUUCUUUUUAUAUUUUCCCAAUUAUACAAUUUCCUUGCGCAAUGAGGGGGUUCAAUUAUGUAUUGUAAAUAUUGUUUGUAAAGUUACUGGCCAUGCAAAAACACUGGUAAAUACAUAUACUAUCUAUUUUAAUUGCUUUAUUUCAAUUCAACUUUGUAUCUAGAAGAAUUCUUUAUAAAUUUUGUAAGACCAAUAGUACCUACCUAUGUUAUCUUUAAUGCAAUAGCUUUUGGUUUUGUAACUGUUAAUGAAGGUGCUAUAAUAUAUAAUAUAAAUAUAUAUAGAUGUCGCUGUACAGAUGGGAAUGGUAUUUAUUUCUAUAAGUUUGCUGGAAAGUAGUGUUCGCAUACACGCCUUGCAUCAGGCAAACUGAUUAGUACAUUUUCUAUCCCAAAUUUUCUGAGGGCAGGGGGAGGGGUCUCUUUUUUUUGUAAAUUAAUAUUAGGCAAGUAUCCAUCGCAUGUAAACGGUAUGAAACAGUGUCAGUAAAACUUUAUUUUUAUUUUAACUAAACUCACUUUCCCAUAAAAUGACGUAUAAAAAUUGAGAGCUAGUUAAAAGGACUGACUUAAAAGUGAGCUAUGCGUUGCUUAUAAAUUGAUGUGAAUGCUAACUCCAUUGCUAUAGGAGAGGUAUCGAUAAAUAGGUAUGUAUUAUUAUUUAACUGCAACUUUUUAUAUAAGUUUAAG